AUGGCGUCCUUUGCCUACAAGACGCUGUUUGAAGCUUCGAUACUGGCGGCUCGAGCAAGUGACAACGACCGCAGCGCAAUCCAAGAUUACCGCAGCCACUGCACUUACGACACUUGCCCGCUCAGCGCAUCGUAUUGGGGAUAUCGUCCGUCUCUUGGAGCGAAUCUUGCAUUCCUGAUUCUGCUUGGAAUAUCAACUCUGGGAUACAUUGGCCAAGGAUUCCUCAACAAAGCAUGGCUUGGCUUCACGAUUGCCAUGGUCUGCGGAUGCGCGCUGGAAGUAAUAGGUUACGUCGGCAGGGUGUUGGCUUACAACGAUGGAUUCACUGAGAACCCCUUCCUGAUCCAGAUCAUCUGCCUCACAAUCGCCCCAGCAUUCCUUGCAGCUGGUAUCUAUCUAUGCCUCUCCCGCAUCGUCAGUACCUUCGGUUCCGAAAAUUCGCGCAUCAAGCCACUUUCCUACCCUCGCAUCUUCAUUCCCUGCGAUGUCGCCUCUUUAGUCCUCCAGGCCCUCGGCGGCGGCAUCGCCAGUGCAAAGACCCACCAGAAUGAAGAUCCGACCUUAGGCAACAACAUCAUGAUCGCCGGUCUGGCUUUCCAGGUAGUCACACUACUUAUCUUCAUUGUCCUUGCACUCGACUUUGCAACUCGCACCAUCGGCCGCAUUCGCAAGCUUGGUCAAGACGCGCUGGAUCCGAGGCACGCAAAGCUGCGCAACUCGUGGCAUUUCAAGGGCUUUCUGAUCGCACUCUCUUUCGCAACGCUAUGCAUCUUUACGCGAUGCGUAUACAGGGUAGCAGAACUGAGUGAAGGGUGGAAUGGACAUCUUAUCAAGACACAGAGAUAUUUCAUUGGCUUGGAGGGCGCUGUCAUUGUCGCUGCGGUGUUGGCACUGAACAUCUUCCACCCUGGACUAUGCUUCAGGGAAGCGCUCGACGCGAGGACAGAACCCAAGAAGAGGAGUAACAAGACUUGGUAUGGCAGGAAGAGGAAUGUUGCCACGGAGCAGAGUAGUGAAGAGGGAAUCAGGAUUGAGAAGUAA